GGUUUUAAAAUGCCUGAGCCAGCGAAAUCAGCUCCUGCCCCGAAGAAGGGCUCGAAGAAGGCGGUGACCAAGGCGCAGAAGAAGGACGGCAAGAAGCGCAAGCGCAGCCGCAAGGAGAGUUACUCCGUUUACGUGUACAAGGUGUUGAAGCAGGUCCACCCCGACACCGGCAUCUCGUCCAAGGCCAUGGGCAUCAUGAACUCGUUCGUCAACGACAUCUUUGAACGCAUCGCGGGUGAGGCGUCGCGCUUGGCGCAUUACAACAAGCGCUCGACUAUCACUUCCAGAGAGAUCCAGACGGCCGUGCGCCUGCUGCUGCCCGGGGAGCUGGCCAAGCACGCCGUGUCCGAGGGCACAAAGGCUGUCACCAAGUAUACUAGCUCCAAGUAAACUUCCCAAAAAUUCUGGUUUUGCCUUUGCUGGAUGAAGUAAUUCUAUUGCUUGUUCUCCUGUCAAUACAAGAGCAGAUUAGUCAUUAAUUCCUUGCCCAUUUAUUUCCAAAGAUACCACCACCAAGAUGUUGUUUACCUGAGUCCUACCAUAGGAAUCAACAGAAAUGCAUGACCUGAAAAUGGACCUUGCCCAGCCCUGGGUACUUUGAGCUUUCUGCUAAUCUGCCCUUGGGUCUUGCAUGCUACCAUUUAUUCUUGCCAAGUUGAUUUCUUCUUUUGGUUCUUGUUUUGAUUAUACUCUUGAUUGGGUGUGCAUGAGAGGUUUUGUGAUCAGAUCAUUACGUAAUUAGUUAGUGGUAGAGGACACGGAAUCUGGGCUCACCUGUUAAUCUUUUUUGGGUUGUUUGUGUUUGUCUGGGGAUUCUGAUAUUCUCUGACAUUUGGGAACUCAAGAUCAGGAAGUAGGUGUUUUUCUUUCCAGCCUUCGAUGGGAUCUCUUGUGUUUGAUGUUUUGUGUUUGUAUGCUGUGGGUUCCUGUAACUAAAGAUCAGAGUCUCUUUCCUCCUUUCAAAACUUUUUUCGUGUUUACUCAUUAUAAGUCCAAAUAGUUGUCAAUACCUGCAAAAAUAGCGUUCCUGCUUCAAAGAUAAUAUGAAUAUAAAAGGGUCACGGGUAAUAACUUUUGACUUUAAUAAAGUGCUAGGCCUAACAGGGGACUUAGGACAAGAAAGAAAGCAAGGAAAGAAUCUCCAGCAUGCCAUGGCCUGUCUCUCACUGUGCCGAAGCCUCUUAAAGCUUAUGAGUCAGUAAUUCUAAAUUAUUUGUCCCUUCAGGCUCUUCACGUAAGGUUAGAGAGGAGAGAGAAGAAACAUGGUGUUAUAAAUCUGACCACCGAGAGAGAAAAAAAAGAGAAGUCUUCCAAAACCACUGUAGAACAAGUAUUUAAUAGUUUCUAAAGCUGAAUGUGUUUGUUGUGAGGGAUAUGGCACUGGAAAGUAGAACUGCCCACCAAAUUUUAAAGGGUAUGAGAGAAUUUACUCCUCUUCUUAGCAAUGGUGCUCUCUGAGGGAUCUCUCACCUUAAUUAUUACAUUUGUUUCUUAAUUACAUUUCUUUCUUUAACUGAUCAACAUACUUACAUCUGUGGCUAUGUUUUUCCCUACUUUAAACUUUGUUUCAGUUUCACAAUGAGUUCCACUAACUUGAACAACAAUUGAGAAUAUUUUCCAUUUUGUGAAUACAAAUAAAUUUUAAGCGAAUUGUCUACCUCAGCAGGAAAUUAAUAAAUUAUAAUGUAAACUUAAAUUUUAAAUGGCUUAUAUAAAGACAAAAGAUAUAUCCAUUUAAAAUAAGAGAAACUCAAAUCAAAAUCAAAAUUCUCUUGGUGCUUUAAAUGUGCUGCCUGUUUAGAUUAUAACUUAGAGAAAAAGAGUUUGUGAGUUUAAUUAGUGGUCUUAGUUAACAGGUCACAAGAUAAGAAACAAAACAGAAUUACUCUAUUAUUUUAAAGAACUUAAAAAUUUUAAUUCAUGGUAUGUAAUUUCACAGGAAAAAAAUCACAUAUCUCUAAUCUAGAUAACUUUUUGGACAAAUUCACUGGCUUAAUAAUUUUGUCUUAAAAAAUGACUUUGUGUCUUUUUCUUUCUAAUUGUCAUAGUGUAAAAGUAAUGUUGGCACGAUAUUGUAGUUUACACAAGUCUAGAGUUUAUCUUCUAAAAUAAAAUUUAAAAGUUAAAAAAAAGCGCUAAUUAGUUUGAACUUACUAAAUUUCUUCCACUAGGUUUACUGGUUAGAUAAGUUAAUAUCACUUUAUUUAAAAUUGUACAAUUGUAAAUUAUACAUUGAACAAAAUUAAAUCAUAAUAGAAAAUGCUGUUUUUAAAAUAGAGUUAAUUUUAUAACGUUACAAAUUAUAAGGACUCAAUAUGUCAGCUUAAAUACUGAAUUCACAAUCUAUAGAUAACUAAGAAUUUAGAUGAAUAUUAAAUUGAGUAAAUUAAUUAAUCUUUGGCUACGUGGAACAUUUCUAAAUUGGAGGGUACAAAAUACACAUCACUAAAAACAAUUUGAUCUACGCAAGUCUCUUAUUUUUACAAAGUUUAGAAUGACCCUAGAUUGACAGAUUAGAGAACAUAAAGAUGCCUCAGGAGAAUGGAAACAUCUAUGUUAUGCUUGUUUUGGCCGCUUUAAAUCUGUACAGGGAUAUGUAACGUGUACUUCUGAGCCCAGAGAAUCAGGCAGAUUUUGGAUGCUUCACAGUUUGUAUGCCUGUGUGGGAACACAAUUGCCUGGUCUUUUUAUGGACUGUUGGUAACACAGACAGCACUGAUUCUAAGUACUGGAGCCACAGAGAAACACAAAUACGCAUACAAGAUAAUGGCUACAUGUAAUCUAUUUAUUAGGAAGUUGCUACUGUUUGUUAAUGUAGUAAAUUCAAUUUAAUAUGUAUUGUCUUAUUUAUGCUGAUAAAGUAAAUAUACUUUCAAGCUGAAGUUAAAGAUUUUGAAUUCAUCAUUAUAUGAAUUUAUCAUUAUAUUUACCUAUGGUUUAUUUCUGUAUAUCUAAACACAUGCACAUAAAAGUUUGCUGGGAUUGGUUAAAAAACACCACAUGGAAGAGAAAAAUUCAGAAUUCAAAUUAAAUUUUUAAUGCAUUGUUGUGCCUUUGCCAAGCUUUAAAGCAUUUUGACAAAAGUGUUCUCCUCAAAGAACUUGCUGCCAUCACUUUAUGUCGUGUUUUAUAUGUGACUCUAAAAUAAGACUGUGACAGUUUUCUCAUUUUUAUGUACCUAUGGUUUAUGGUUCUAUCUUCACGUAAUAACCAAUUUUCUAUGACAACUUUAUUUUUUACCUAUUCUAAAUUCAA